AACCAGAACGUUUACACAUGAACACGGCUUACAUUUAGCAAAGACGGGCAAUUAUGUCACAAUAAUAAGCAGAAGCUUGGAUGACAAAUUCCUUACCGUGGGGUGGUGCGUACGAAUCUUGUUUCUUUCUUGCCUUGUAGGAAAUGGGGUCAACAUCAUAUGAUUCAUCAUCGUACUUGUUCUCUUUCAUCCUUCCAAAUCUCAUCUGUUCUUAUGCUCUUUGACCAAUGCCAUGUGUCAUACCUUUUCACCUGGCAAUCGAUUAAUUCAUUGGUGGCAUAUUUCAUUCCUUCAAUCAAUCUAUUCUCUGUCGUCAUUUUUUCUUCUUUUUCGCUGUUUAGCCUUAUGACUCAGCAUUUUGGCGAAAGUUCCAUGCAUGCCUGCUAUCUAUGUUCUCCCCCUCUUCUUCGCGGAAUACAGAGUCAUAGCAAGUACCUAACUCAAACCUUUUAAAUUUCUGUUUAGGCAAAUUUUACAAGAAAGAAACCUUGUGUCUUGUUUUCUGGGCGUGUGAUUUUUGUGGAGUUUUUUUAAGUUUUUUGGCAGAAAGCGUGCAAAGAGAGCAGAAAAUGAAGUGGGUCCAAUAAGGAAUACUUUAAAAUGUUAGGAAAAAUUGUGUAGAGAAACACCCAGGAAAAAUCUGAGGGGUCUGAGAAAUAGCGAAGAAUCCGGAGAUUUGGAGGGAAUACAGGCAUUUGUUUUAAGCUUUUAAAUGGUGCAUUGAGCCUGCAGGAAAAUCCUGCUCUGGUUAAGGAUUUGAAUUAGUAAAUAUACACCAAAUAUGGAGAAGUUUUGUGCCAUUUUAAUGGAUUAAUGGCUGUUUUGUAGGCUGUGCUUGUUCUAAAUUGAUGCUUUACGACCGCCCACUUGAAGUAACGCUUGUUUGCAAUUGGACCUGUAAAAUUUCUGCAUAUUGGUUUUUAUUAGGAGAGGGUUAUAUCAGAAAUGGGUUGCUCAACGUCAAAGCUUGACAAUGAGGAUGCCGUCUUAAGUUGUAAGGAGAGGAGGCUGCUUAUAAAACAAGCGGUAGAACACAGGUAUGCAUUUGCAGAAGCACAUGUAGCUUAUGUACGUGCCCUAAAAAAUGUUGGCAGUGCUCUUAGACUCCUAAUUGAAGGGGAUGAAAUGUCGUUGUGUUCUUCCAUACCCACAACACCCACGUUCACAUCCACAACCACGGAGACCAGUUCUGGCUCUCUGCCUGAAAAAUCUUCUCCACCACAGGCUGAGAGUCCUGCUGGAACUGUUUCUUCAUCUACAACUGUGGUGAAUCAUUUGAGAUCAGGAGGCGCGCCUCCCCUAUUUUUUGAGGAAAGGCCACCUUCUCCACAGAGGGUGAGUUUGGAGUCAUAUCCAUAUUCAUAUUCCACCGUUAACCAAUAUGGGAUAGAUAGUUUUUUUAGCACCCACUUGCCACCUCCCCAAUCCUCUGUGGCCUCAUUAUACAACAACAAUAACCCAGAUUAUCUUCCCACACCUCCCUCCCCUCCUCGAACUUCGACUUGGGACUUCUUUAAUCCAUUCCUUUCACUUGACAAUCCAUACCCAUAUCAUGACCAGAGGAGAUUGAGUCAAGUUUAUGAGGAAGACGAGAUCAGAAUCAUGAAACAAGUGAGAGAAGAAGAAGGGAUUCCUGAAUUGGAAGAAGAGAAUCGCGGGGGUAGCAAGAAGGAAGAGGAGAAAAAGGAAACAGAGGCACCUGCGGAUCCUGCAAAAGAACAACCUAGUAUUAAUGAGCCUGCUGCGGAGUCGAAUGCUGAUGCACUAACUCAAGUCCCAUCUCAGCCAGCUGUAGAAACAGUGGUUGAUACAAAAGAUAAAUCCACAGUAGAGGAAAUCCCUUCAAAAGGUGCAGAAGGGACUGGAGAUGUAGGAGAGCAAGUGAAGGAGAAACCUGGUGAAGAGGAGGUUAAGGACAAACAAGUUAAUUCAGAGAACGUAGAUGUACCUAACAUUGCUACCCACAGGCCAAUGAGUAUGUUGCAGGUUAUGAAGGAAAUUGAGGACCAGUUUAUAAGAGCUUAUCAAUUUGGAAACAACAUCUCUGCAUUGCUUGAAGCAAGCAAAGUGCACCACUCUUCAAGCCUUAGUGAUAUCAAAGAGAAUUCUGCAAAGGUUCUGAGUAGUUCAUUCAGUCUGCUUCGUUCUUUAUCAUCAAGAUCUUCAUCAUCCAGAAGUUAUGUCGUUUCAUCAAGUUCAAAAGAAGAUACAGAAGAUAGUAGCAGUGAAUUUGUUGAGGACUGUGUCAUGAUUGCUGGGAGCCAUGCCUCAACUUUGGAAAGAAUAUUUGCCUGGGAAAAAAAGCUAUAUGAUGAAGUUAAGGAUGGGGAGCGUUUAAGAAUAACUUAUGAUAAGAAGUGCAUGCAACUAAGAAACCAGGAAUCUAAAGGAGAAGAUUUUCAAGUGGUUGAGAAAACAAGGGUCACAAUAAAAAGCUUACAUGCAAGAAUUAAGGUUUCCAUCCAUGCAGUAGAUUCUAUAUCAAGGAGAAUUCAGAAGCUGAGUACUGAGGAAUUGCAACCACAACUUGUCGAGCUAAUACAAGGGUUGAUGCAAAUGUGGAAAGGAAUGCUGGAAUGCCAUCAGAUUCAGUAUCAAAUCAUAACAGAGGCAAAGUCUCUGAGUUGCUCUGCUGAUGAUGUGAUAUUGACUGAUUCACACCAGCAGGCAACGAGUCAUCUAGAAAACACACUUCAUGAUUGGCAUAGAAGCUUCAGUAAGUGGAUCUAUUCCCAAAAGGCUUAUGUCCAAGCCCUUUAUGGAUGGCUCUCAAAGUGCAUUAUUCUAGACUCCAAUAGCUCCUCAAAGUCAAAGUCACCAUCUUCCUCGCAUACAACAGGUCCUCUAAUCUUUAUUAUCUGCCGUGAGUGGUAUCAUGCAAUUAACCGAAUGCCAGGAGAGCUAGUUAUUGAGAAGAUCAAAAAAUUUUCAGCAAAUGUCCACGCACUUUGGGAACAACGGGAUGAAGAGCAUCGUCAAAAGAGGAGGACUGAAUAUCUUUCAAAAGACCUAGAGAGAAAGGUUGCCCAUCUACAGAGGGUGGAGAGUAGAAGGCAUGAUGGGGCAGGACCUAUUGAUACUGGCAUGUCAGAGCAAAAUGUAUCAAUAGAAUCAUUCAGGAAGCGUGUCGAGGAGGAAAAGGAAAGGCAUAAAAAAAUUAUUCACGAAACUCAAGAUGCAACCUUGAAAACAUUGCAAACUGGAUUGGCAUUGACAUUAGAGGCUUUGACACAGUUUGCUUCAGCUUCUGUUCAAGAGUACGAACAGCUCCAUCAAAAUAGUCAGAAUAGUACAAUAUCAGAUGUCUAGAAUUUUGUAAGGUGAAGAUUUGUGUUAAAGGAUGAACCUCGUGUGGUUUCUCAUUUGGUGAUACUUUAAGACGAGAAUUUGAUCGUGUAACAUAUGUUUUUUAUUACGCAGUGCACAGGUGAAUGUCUGAAGUGUAAAGAAACGAACAAUAAUGCACAGAAUUGUACAGUAGUCAGGAAUGAAGAUGCGGGAAUUAAUACUUGGUCUUAUUCCUUUGUAUGGCAUAAGGAGCUGUUGGAUCGAAUGCCUUCAAAUACUAAAAUCUUCCAAGUAUAGGAAGAUUAAAGAUAGGAAUUCCAUUGAAAUUUGAGUUUAAACGUUUAAAAUAGGGUGGCAUGAGUACGCAAUUGAGGGGACAACAUCGGGAUUGUAAACUAAUCUUGGGAGUGAGAAGGGGCUAGAAAAUAAAUGAGUGGAUUGUGAACAUGGGAAAUGGGAUAAAUGAUAGGUUUUUACACAGAUGUGUAAAUGGUAGGUGCAACAAUGCAAAAGAGAUCCUAUGUUAUAAGAUUAUGCCAUUUGUCAAUA